AGCUAGUACCUAUAUAAAUAUACGAAUAUUAAGGAAAAAUCAGAAAAACCAUUCAUGUUUUCUUUUAAAAUGUAACGUUAAGUCGACUAGAGGUCGAACGCAAAAAUUCGUCCUACAAAAGGUAUUUAAGUCGCGAAUUAAUUAAACGAGACCGAUCCAAACCGAUUCCAACCGAAUCGCGCUGAAGUUUAAUGGGAGUUUUUGCCUUUAUUAAUUUUUCUCAUCGUAUUUCAGAGCGCCACAGAUCAGUUGACGAAGGAACGCGGGAUAUGCAUGGAAAAGAACUGUGACGUAAGACGAGUGUUUAUGACGCUAAAGGAGUGUCAGAAACGAAUCAAGUCUAAGACUUACACAGCGGAGACGUGCCACCAAGAAACUGUGGAUCUAAUUGAAGCCAUAGAUCAUUGCGUCGGCGAUAAGGCUUUUAUUAAAUUUGCAUGAAAUUUUGAACGUUUUUUUUUUCUUUCAAAUUGUAACAUAAUGCAGGCUGUUUUUGAUUUAUCGCUCUGGAAGUCUACGAGAGGUAAGUCAGCAGUGUACGUCAGGCAUACGAUUAUAAUGGUUGCACUUUAGACAGUGUUAGUGAUCGUUAUGUAGCCUUGGAGGAGGCCGAUUUUACGCGUUUUGCGAUUCCUCCCCGCUCGAGGCCAUUCCACUGCUUUCGUUAAGUUAUCUCGUACCCCAGUUCUGAUUUGGUUGGAGACCUCCCACGCAGUCUUGUGCCAUCCACCAUCAUGUUAAAUCUACAUUGGUACAUACAGUUCGAAAGACGGUGGCAGCCUUUAAACAAUUGAGACUUCGACUUCGAAUUAAAGGGGGUGACAUCAUUCACGUUUUGAUGGCGUGAUUACUUAACAUCAAGUGGGCCGUGAGCCUACAAAAAUGCCUGACGUUUAUACAAAAUUUUAUGAUGAGCGAUAAACACACAGUUACCACAUUUAAUGCCAACUACAUGGCGCUGUG